GAAGAGGGGGAAUAUCCCUGGGAUUGAGAAUUCCCGGGAUAAAUGGGCCUGCAGAACGGCAAGCCCUCGAGGAAGGGGGCCAACAUCCCGAUGCUGGGGCUGGACUCGGCGGGGAAAUCCACGCUGCUCUACAAGCUCAGGUAUAAGGAUGCUUUUAUAACGCUGCCAACGAUUGGCUUCAACGUGGAUAUGAUUGAAGUAGGGAAGGAUUUCACGCUGACCUUUUGGGAUGUUGGAGGGCAGAAGAAAAUGAGGGAGCUCUGGGGCAAUUUCCUGGAGGACGCGGGCGGGCUGGUGUACGUGGUGGACAGCGCUGACAAGCGGCGCCUGGAGGAGUCCAGGAGGGAAUUUGAGCUCCUUUUAAAGAACGAAUCCAUAAAAACCAUCCCGGUGGUGGUGCUGGCCAACAAGCAGGACCUGCCUGGAGCCCUGAACGCCGAGGAGAUCACGAGGAAGCUGAAGAUGAAGAAGCACUGCAGCGACAGGAGCUGGUACGUGCAGCCGUGCUGCGCCCUCACGGGACAGGGGCUGCCGGAGGCGCUCCAGAGGGUGGCCGCCUUCGCCAGGCACUACAAGAAGUCCAAGGAGACUUUCAUGGCCCUGAAGGAGCUCAACUCCUCUUAAGGAUUUCUGCCAUCCGCUUCUGGUGACUCUUAACGCACUGUGUUGGACAGAUUAAAGCUGGAAGUACUGGACUCUGAAGAACUUUUAUACGUAAAUAUUUAUAAGGGACUUUGAUAAUAAUGAAAUUCUGCUGUUGUACCUGCAGAUACUUGAUGUACCUGAUGGGAUAUCUCAUACCUGAGAUAGGACCUCGUAGCAUUUUAUUACUAUUUUUUUAUUUACUUGGGGUUAUUCAAGUUGAAUGAUGAGAAAGGGGCAGUGGAGCGCACGGAAAUAAAAUGGGUGAGCAGUGUUUAAGUGGCUUAAAUCAAAUGAAGAUUCGAUUCCAUUUUUUUGAAGAUGUAAACCAGCCAAGUCAUUUGGUCAGCAGCUGAAUCCCCUUGGGUCUGUGGUGAUUUCCCAGCCCUGGCCUCUGGAAAAUCCGGCAGGGGUUCCCUUGUGCUCCCAUUUUUUUGUUUCAGGAUUACACCAAGGAAGUAGGUGGGAAGUAGGAAGUUUACAUUUCAUUCUUACUAACAAACAGACAGGAAUGUCAAGUUAUAAAAGGGUGAAGCAGCAAUAAAAUCACCCAGACAUACCCUGUUGUCUCAUGCACGGGUCAUUCAAAGACAAAAAAACAUCAGGUGGGUUUGCUGAAAUAGUA